UAAGGCGUUGUCUUGGUUGAUGACAUCAAAGUUUUCGUUCAUUUUUGUGAUUUCCGCGUUUUCGUUUUUCGUUUGUUUUUGUUUCAUUCGGUAGCAACCGAAUUUAGUCAUUUUUCAUUUUGGUAAUGGACAAAUCAAAGUUAAUCGCCAUUUUCUUUAUUCUGUUAUCAUUGAUUGAAAUUGUUUUGACAACUAGAAAAGUAAAAGAUUUGAUAGUUGUAUCGGUUUCAACACAUAUAACCGAUGGUUUUGAACGUUUUAAUCGUUCAUUAAAGAUUUAUGGCUUAAAAUCUGAAAUUCUUGGCUUAAAUCAACCAUGGAAAGGUGGUGAUGUUGCUAGACAAAGUGGUGGUGGACAAAAAAUUCGUUUAUUGCGUCAAUAUUUAGAAUCAAUACGAAAUGAACAUGAUAACCGGCUUAUACUGUUUACCGAUAGUUAUGAUGUCAUCGUAAAUGGUAACAGCGAUGAAAUCGUUAAAAAAUUUCAAACAUUCAAUGCAAAUGUUGUAUUUUCAUCGGAAAAAUAUUGUUGGCCUGAUGUAUCAUUGGCGGCAUCAUAUCCCAAAUCGGAUGGUAAACGUUAUCUAAAUUCAGGUGGUUUUAUUGGUUUUGCCACAGAACUUUAUAAAAUUGUUAAUCUUGCCCAGGAUUUAAAUGAUGAUGAUGAUGAUCAAUUAUUUUAUACAAAAAUUUAUCUGGAACAAAAAUAUCGUAAACAUUUUGGUAUUCGUUUAGAUUUGAAUUCCAAUUUAUUUCAAAAUCUUAAUGGUGAAAUUGGUGAUGUUGAAAUACGAUUUAGUCCUCAACAACAAGGAACAAAUAAAAAUGUUGCCGAAACAUUUCUUUAUAAUAAAAAAACACAAACAUUUCCAUUGAUUAUACAUGGAAAUGGUGCAAGUAAAAUUCCAUUAAAUUCAUUGGGAAAUUAUCUGGCCCGGUCAUGGCAUCCAUCUAUUGGUUGUCAAUCAUGUAAUGAAUCACGUAUUCAAUUAGAAUCGAUCGAUUUUCUCUAUUUUUUUUACAGAUCAAGAGGAAUAUGGAAUGUACCAUUCAUAUCAUCAUGUUAUCUAAUAAAAUCAUCAACCAUUUUAAAUCAGGAAAAUUUUCAAACAAAAAAUCAACAAUGGAAAUUUCCAUUAUCAUAUCGAAAUCAUCAACAACCACAACAUAAAAACGAUGAUAUUGAUGGUAAUGGUAAUGGUGGUGAAUCAUUAGAUCCAGAAAUGUAUUUUUGUCAUAUUCUUCGUUUGAAUGGUAUAUUUAUGUUCGUAACGAAUGAAAAUGAUUAUGGUCAUUUAGCACAAAUGGAUACUAUUGAUUUUCAAUUGAAACAUUCGGAAUUUUAUGAAAUUUAUACGAAUGAAAUUGAAUGGCGUAAACGUUAUAUACAUGAAAAUUAUACAAAAAAUUUAUUAGAUGAUAAUAUUAUUGAACAACCAUGUCAUGAUGUUUAUUGGUUUCCAAUUGUAACACCUGUGUUUUGUCAACAUUUGAUUGGUUUUUCAAUUAUUGAUUCAUUGGAUGAAUCAAUAAAUCCAUGUGAUGAUUUUUAUCAUUAUGCAUGUGGUGGUUGGAUUCGAAAAAAUCCAUUACCCGAUAGUCAUGCAUCAUGGGGAACGUUUGGUAAAUUAACACAAGAUAAUCAACUUAUAUUGAAAAAUGUUUUCGAAGAUAAAAAACGUAAAUUUAGUGAUGCUGAACGUAAAGCAAAAAUCUAUUAUGAUUCAUGUAUGGAUCGUAAUAAAAUUAUUGAAAAAUUAAAAGCCAAACCGAUGCAAGAAUUUAUUGAUCUGAUUGGUGGUUGGAAUAUAAGCGGUGGUUUUGAUGUACAAGCAUGGAGUUUACAAAGUAAACUAACAUUAAUGCAUAAUCGUUAUAAUCGUGGUGGUCUUUUUGAAUGGUCAGUUAGUGCUGAUGAAAAAGAUUCAACAAAAAAUGUUUUAAAUUUACAACAAGGAAGUUUUAUAAUGUCAAGAGAUUAUUAUCUAAAUAAAACUGAUAAUGAUGAAAUAAUUGUUGCAUAUUUGGAUUUUAUGACUAAAGUUGGUGUAUUGCUUGGUGGUGGUGAUGAAUCUUCGACUCGGAUGCAAAUGAAAAAAGUAUUAGAAUUUGAACGAAAAAUUUCGAAAAUCUUAAUACCACCGGAAGAUUUACGUGAUGAUCAAAAAACUUAUCAUAAAAUGAAAUUAUCGGAAUUGAAUAAAUUAGCACCAUUCAUUGAUUGGAUUGGAUAUUUUCGUGAAGCAUUUGCACCGAUUAAACGUGAAAUUAAUGAAAAUGAAUCCAUUGUUGUUUAUUCACCGGAAUUUUUUUCAAAUUUAUCCAAAUUAAUUGAACAACAUUUAAGUGAUAAUGAUAAUAAAACAAUAUUAGUGAAUACAAUAGUAUGGUCAGUAGUACAACCAAUGGUUACAUAUCUAUCGAAACCAUUUCGUGAUGCAGCCAAAACAUUUACGCAGGUAUUAAUCGGUUCGGAAGGUAGUUCAAGUCAAUGGCGUUAUUGUAUUAGUGAUACAAGUUCGGUACUUGGUUUUGCUGUCGGAUCAAUAUUUGUUCAUUCGGCAUUUCGUGGUGAAUCAAAAAAUGAAAGUAAAAUUAUGAUCAAACAAAUUAAAGAUGCAUUCAAAGAACAUUUAGAUAAUUUAACAUGGAUGGAUCGGCAAACAUUAGAGCUGGCAAUGGAAAAAGCUGAUGCCAUAACCGAUAUGAUUGGUUUUCCGGAUUUUAUUCUGAAUGAAAAAAAAUUAAAUAAACGUUAUAAGGAUGUAAGUGUUAAUUUUUAUUUAAAAAAAAGAAAUUAUAAUUACAAGGAAACUAACAAAAAUUACAAAAUUUUUACUUUUCCAAACCUCCAAUCAAUUUUAACCCAGUUAAUAGUAAAAGAUGAUCAAUAUUUUAAAAAUAGUAUUAAUGCAAAUAUUUUUCUCCUGAAUGAAUAUAUUAAAAAAAUUGAUAAACCGACAAACAAAAGUGAAUGGGAUAUGGCACCACCGGUUGUUAAUGCCUAUUAUGCUCCAACUAAAAAUCAGAUUGCUUUUCCAGCCGGUAUUCUUCAGCCACCAUUUUAUGAUGUAAAUCGACCAAAAGCGCUCAAUUUCGGUGCAAUGGGUGUUGUUAUGGGACAUGAACUGACACAUGCAUUCGAUGAUCAAGGAAGAGAAUAUGAUAAAAAAGGUAAUCUACAUGAAUGGUGGCAACAUGGUACAAUAUUAAAAUUUAAAGAAAGAAUGAAAUGUUUUCAAGAACAAUAUUCAAAAUAUCAAAUUGGUACCGAUCAUGUUAAUGGUAAACAAACAUUGGGUGAAAAUGUAGCCGAUAAUGGUGGUCUUACAUCGGCUUUUCAUGCAUUUACAAAAUGGUCAAAAGAAAGUGGUGAAAAUAUCCUAUUACCUGGAUUGAAUUUUACACAAAAUCAAUUAUUUUUUAUUGGUUUUGCACAGGUAUGGUGUUCAGUGAAUACACCUGAAGCAUUAAAAAUUCAAAUCCGAAAUGAUCCACAUACACCAUCACAAUAUCGUGUUAUUGGUACAUUAUCAAAUUCACCACAAUUUUCUGAUGCAUUCAAUUGUCCAAAAGGAUCAUCAAUGAAUCCUGAACAAAAAUGUAAUAUUUGGUGAAAUUAAACAAACCAAAAUUCACCAAGUUCAUUUUUGUUGUUGUUGCCAAAAAAAUUCUUUUUUCCUCCCAAUUUAAUGAUGCAAACGAAAAAUCCUUUCGCUCCUUUGGUCAC